GCUCGGAGGAAAACCUAACAUAUCAGAAUUAGGAGAAGCGUCGAAGAACCCUGGAAAUCUCCUCCGCCAAUUCUCCCUCCGUCCCUUCCUCUUUCUUCCCUUUCCCAUUAUCUAUGCACCGCUCCGGUGAGCGGCAUCUUUCCAGGGAGGGUCCGAUUGUUAAAUGCUCUCUCUGCUCAAGCCAAUUGGCGUCUUUUCUGACCAUUACAUGUCUUCAAUCGACGCCGCUUCUCUCUUCACUGCCUUAUAUUUCCAUCACCAGCCGAGCUGCUCCCCUCAAACCCUAGGCCUCCAUUACUCUCCUCUUGUUAUCAUACAGUUCGCCAUCGUCGUCUUUACUCGUCUUGCUUUUGUCUUUCAAAGAAAAAGGUUCCAGUGUCUUCUGCUAUAUUCAUCACUUGAGACCGUGCGGUUGUAGCUUGGGAUUUUCUACAACAUGAGUAAUCCGAAAUUACUAGUAUUUGGUUCAUUCACUGAAGAUGAAACCAAAUCAUGGAUGCAACAGAAGUCAGCUGCAAAAGCUCAGAAGCAUGUGGGAAAGAAAGACUCACAGUUUCAAUUAUCGAAGCCUGCAAGUGGAAUAACUUUUGGUGACUUUAGCUGUGAAUUGAAUAGGGAAGAGGGAUACGUUACGGGAAAUGUGGGUCUUCGAAGCGGAAAGUCAGUUGACAACAAAGAUUUCAGGACCUUGAAUGAAACACAUGAAACACCUGGUCAUGCUCAUCCACAAGAAAAUGGAAGAAUUGAUGCUUCUACCAACGAACAAUUUCUCAGUCAUGGUGUGAAGGACUUGGCGAUCAAAAGUGUUAGUUUGAUUUCCUCACCUGCAUCUCAGCAUGAAAAUGGGGCUGUAACUUCUCCUAGGAAUUCAAAAUUUCAUGUUCUUGAUGAUGAAACUGUCAUGGAUAUGCACCUGCAUGCAACUGUAGACUAUUCAGUGCUACAUGUGAAAAAGGAGAAUGGACAGAAUCCAACCAAUGGAUCUAUUGCAUCAGUCAGAAAUUUGCUACCACAUGGUUUAGUAAAUUCAGGGAACUUAUGCUUCCUCAAUGCUACACUACAGGCACUCUUAUCUUGUUCUCCUUUUACUCAAUUAUUGCAGGAGCUUAGAAUCCGUGAUAUUGCUAAGGUUGGCUUUCCUACAUUAACUGCAUUAACGGAGCUAAUUUCCAAAUUUGAUAUGCCAAGCAAUACAAAUGACAAAAAGUCUGUUCUUGAGACUGGUAGACCCUUUCGCCCAGCAAUGUUUGAAACCGUGCUUAAACAUUUCACUCCAGAUGUUCCAAGCAGCAUAUCAGGGAGGCCAAGGCAGGAAGAUGCUCAGGAGUUUCUGAGUUUCAUCUUGGAUCAAAUACAUGUUGAAUUGCUUAAGCUUGACGGUCAAGCUUCUGGCAUUAGUGGUGUCAGUUCUUCUCUGGUGACUUCUACAGAAGAUGAUGAAUGGGAGACAGUUGGACCAAAGAACAAAUCUGCAGUGACUAGGACUCAGAGCUUCCCUCAUUCUGCAUUAAGUGAUAUAUUUGGCGGACAAUUAAGAAGUGUGGUGAAGGCUGAAGGUAACAAAGCCUCUGCUACUGUUGAUCCAUUCCUGCUGCUCCACCUUGAUAUUUGUUCUGAUGCUAUUGGCACCAUAGAGGAUGCACUUCGUUUAUUCUGUGCACCUGAGAAUCUGGAAGGAUACAGAGCGUCAACUACUGGAAAGGCUGGGGUAGUGGCUGCCAGAAAGUCGUCGCAGAUACAGACCCUUCCAAAGAUAAUGAUAUUGCAUGUCAAGCGUUUCAGUUUUGGAACCAAAGGGAGCACAAAGCUGCACAAGCCUGUACACUUCCCUCUGGAAUUGGUGCUGGGUCGAGAACUAAUUUUUUCACCAUCUUCUGAGAGCCGAAAAUACGAGCUUGUGGCUACAGUAACUCAUCAUGGGAGGGAGCCCUCAAAGGGUCAUUACACUGCUGAUGCCCGGUAUCCAAACGGACAGUGGCUUCGAUUUGACGAUGCAUCUGUCACUGCAAUUGGGCUGAACAAGGUGUUGCAUGACCAGGCAUAUGUUCUCUUCUACAAGCAAGCAUAGAGUCAGUUGGUGAUAGAAGAAUUCUGUGGUAUUCUCCUACUCGCACAUUCAGAGAAGUCACAAAUCAAGAUACUCAAACUACUCCUCAAACAAACUGGUAACCACUAGAGAAAGCUAUCUGUGUCAAAAUGGCAAUACAGAUGGAGCAACGAGACCUGCAGAUUCUGCUUUUUGCUGCCAGGAUUCUACUGUUAUACUUUGUGUUGAGCUGUGUAAGUAAUGCGAGAUGUACACUUAGGGAAACAGACGACGUAUGAGAAGGUUAAUUAUUGGUUUCACAUGUAAUCUGAAGGUAAGUGACUAUAAAGGGUAUCCACGGCCAGGAGACUGACCGCUGGACCGCUUACAGACUGCACAGUUUAAGUUCUUUCGGGCAAACUUUUCAAAAAAUAAUAUAACAGCGUUCAGUCUUUAUUCAGUCAAA